CCGAAGAACGAACGAAAGCGUCAAGCGUCGGUAGUCGGUAGUCGGUAGGUCUAGAUCUAAAUCUAUACUCCUACUCCUACUCUAGACUCCAGUUGGAUUCUGCCUCAGCUGUUGGUCAAGUCCGAGUGAACCCGUGCCUUGUAUUUGUUUCGAGGGAUAAGGUCAAUUGCCAUGCCUCUGGCUUGUAUGGCUGUGCUGUAAUAGAUGAAACUACGCUUUCCAGCUGUCUCAGCUGUUUCAAACAUUGCGCGAUGGACUCCAGCUUUACCGAUAUGGACGAGUCUGCUUGUAUUGAAACCUGGCAAAGCUUCUACGGAACUUUUCAGACUUCUAAGGCAUACAUCUCGCACACCCCCGAUGGCUCGGAAGUCUCGCUCAUCAAUGCUGGCACGUCGUUGCUGUAUGACACAGGGGGGAGUUACGCUUCGGAACUUUUCCAGAAAUGUGGACUGUUUGGAGGCGAUGUGAUCAAGCUGAAUUACCUUCUGUGGAAGCUGGAGGAAGUGUGCCUGCCAAAGAUUGCUGUCAUGUACGAGCGCUUUAGACGGGCAGAGAGUAGCAUGAAAGCGGAGCCAAUAGAGGCUAGCGAUACUACCACGAGGGCCCACACAUUGAUAAACUUUGAUGGUAAAGAAGUGUACAAGGGUCCUGCUGCCCUCAUGUCUGGGGAGGCUGGCACAGUUUUACCACACAAUCUGGCAAAGACUGAUGAAAACCGUCAACAUGCGACCACAAGCAGCAGUGUCGUGUGUGAUACCCCAGAGGGAAAAGGUCAUGGUGUAGGAGAGUCCGUGGGUUACGUUGAUAAGACAGAAGAGAAUUCCCUGACUGGCUCUGCUGGUGGCAGCAAGAGGGAAGGAGGGGGGAUAACUCAUCGAGAGAAGCUGGUGCCGGACAGGAGGCCCAAGGGAGGCGGAAAGAGAAACGUUCAAAAGAAGGUAACCAGAGUGUUGCAGGAAAGACAGCCAGAGUCCGAAAUUGUGAAGGUGAAAAGUGAAGUUGGAAAAACUGAUCAGCGCGACGGUGAAGGGCUUGGGAUUCGGAGGAGUUCUCGUCAGGUCAGAGUUUCCUCCAAAUUUUCCGAUGCAAAACAAGUGACCAAGUGGAUAAAGAAUGUGUUGAAACCGGAAGUUUUAUCUUCUGCCACGACUGGUAACGGAGACUCCAACACCCCGGCACAAGAGUCCACUGCUCCCCCAAUGAUGUGCUCAGUGUGCAGGGAAACGUUCCAGUGUAGCGACGAGUUUCUUGUUCACUGGGGGAACCACCUGGAUAAAGCAGACAGUGGCGAGAAGAAACCCUUUAUGUGUGACAUGUGUGGUGAGGAGUUUGAAACGUUUCCUGAUGUGGUUUCUCAUUACACUGCUCUUCACCCAGGAGGAGAUAAAUCAUACGCCUGUGGUAUCUGUGGCAAUCACUUUCACUUGAAAAAAGAUCUGGAGGAGCACGUUGAAACAUCGGGUCACGAACUCAACGGUCAGCACAAUGACCAUAGUCGCAGGGAGUCAGGUCCAGGGGAUUCUGAUGAGAAGGUACUCACAAAUAGGACUCAAAAGGCUAAGGGGCCGUUUGUGUGUUCACUGUGUGGAAAGCAUUUGUCUACUGAGAGGAAUCUUGAAUUGCAUUCUAGGUUGCAUAACAACGAACGUGACUUCAAGUGCGGACAUUGCCAGAAAGCUUUUAUCUCAGAGCAGAGUUUGAAGGCUCAUUUAGAUAUACACACCGGUGAGAAAAAGUUCUCAUGCGAAAUUUGUGGUAAAAAAUUUCGGCAAAAGUCCGGGCUGAAAUAUCACAUGAAACUGCACGAUCCAGAAACAAUGCCUUUUAAGUGUGAUCUGUGUCCUAAAUCUUUCAUUGAGAAGCGCUGUUUGGACAGUCACAUGGCUAAGCACAAUGGCCAAAAGUCGUUCUUCUGCGAUGUGUGCGGCAAAGGUUUCUACGGAGAGAAGGGCCUGUCCAAUCACAUGAAACUGCACGAUGAAAGUUCCAGGUUCCGCUGCGAGGUGUGUGAGAAAUCAUUUGUCAGUAACAAACACCUGGAGCUUCACCAGACUGUGCACACCGGGGAGAGACCUCACAUUUGCGAUGUGUGCGGCAAAAGUUUCCGCUUGCAAGGAGGCCUGGUGGCCCACCUCAAGAUUCAUAACCCAGAGGAGCAGAUGAGGUGCACGCUGUGUUCGAAGACGUUCAUCGAGAAGAGGAGCUUGGAAAACCACAUGCUGGUCCACCAGGGAAUCAAGCCGUACAAGUGCUCUGUCUGUCAGAAAGGUUUCCUCAGAGAGCAGACGCUCGCCUCCCACAUGAAUCUGCACACCCGAGAAAACUGCCACAAGUGCGAAGUGUGCGAUAAACUUUUCAUCACCAAAUGGGGGCUCAUCAAACACGCUAGCAUUCACACAGGAGAAAAGCCGUUUGUGUGCAACACGUGUGGUAAAGGGUUUCGUAUCAAAAAGGGGCUGACGGAGCACCUGAAGCUUCACAACAAAGACCUCCAGUUUAAGUGUUCCUUGUGCCCGAAAAGUUUUGUGGAAAAACGCGGUCUGGAGUACCAUAUGCGUGCGCACAGAGGUGAGAAAAAUCAUGUGUGCGAGGUAUGCGGAGAGCGUUUUGUGAAUAAAAACUCUCUGAAAGUGCACUAUCGUCGACAUACAGGGGAAAAGCCGUACAAAUGUAGCUUCUGUCCAAAGACCUUCAGCCAGCAAGGCACGCUCACAGCUCACGAACGCUACCACAAGGGAGAGAAACCCUUUGUUUGUGAUGUCUGUGGCGACGGCUUCUACACGCGCAGUCACAUGACCAUCCACCGUCGCAAACACACGAACGAGCGGCCGUACAAGUGCGACCACUGCGAGUACGCCUCCACCACCAAGUCCAUGCUGAAGACGCACAUGCUCCGGCACACGACCAGCAAGCCCUACAAGUGCACCUUCUGCUCGGCCGCCUUCAAGCGGCUCCACCACCUGGAGACACACCUGCUCAAACACACGGAUGAGGAGCAGCUCAUCCAGUGCUCGUUCUGCGAGGCGACGUUCGCCUCGGCCUCCCGGCUGGAGCGCCACAUGAGGACCCAUGAGAUCGUGGUGGUCACGGCGGCGCCGGGUCAGGUCAUCUUUGAGCCGAAGCUGGAGGACGAGGAUGUUCCCCAUGAGGUGGCCUAUGACAUUGUGUUGCUCUAGAGCUGUGCACGGGACAUUUUGGCAUGGUUUGGUAUAGAGAGGGUGGCAUAUAUAUGUGUUCAAAAGAGACUUGGGAAUCCCAUGGAAAGGUGUUUGUAUACAUGUGGAAUAUACAUCCUAUUGACUUUUUCUUGACUUUGAAGCUGCAGAAAUGUGUGUUCUACUACAUUUUGAAAGAUAUAUGAGUGUGUAGUGUUGUUCAAGCUGCACAUGGCAAAACCAGAAGUAACCAGUUGCCUACUUCGAUAUUUACCCCAUGCUGCUUUCAUGUGUGAGGCGUUUUAUUUGCGAAAAUACUUCGUGUUCCUUUUUUUGAGUCGAACAUUUUAUAUACUAUAGGAAAAAACGUUUUGAUCUCUUAUUGUGUUUCAGCAUCUGCGUAUAGUUAAGUUUGUGCAAUGCUGAGGCAGAUAAUUAUGGCUUUCUGGGAGUAGAAAAUGUAGAGUGUGUCAUGAUAUGUACGGUAUUGGAAGGUUCCGGGUUCAAAUCACGAUUAUUCUUUGAAAAACUUUUCUUUAAUGUAGAGGUAUAUUUUACGCCCCAUCGACACAAGUUAGAUAAUUGAGGAAACAGGCUUCCCAUUUUGCCUGUCAGGGCCUACUCGGGCUGAGAGAGACACAACAUCCUAGCAGAAAGUUCUAUACGUGUUGAGAAGGGAUGACAUUGCCCAUAUUUAGACUUGUCACAGACACAAAAAUUAAAAUGCCUUCUACAGAAUCAAGACUUAAGCUGAAAUGACUUGUAACGGUCUAUACUGACUGUUUAUUUCAAAUAGAACUAAGACACAAAUGCCCCCCAAAAGGUGAUCAUGGAUGGGUCUGUCUGUUGCUUUCAAGGGGCUUUCUCCACUCUUUCCUUCUAAGAGGAGCAAAAACUGGUGUCCAAAAGUUGACACUUGUAUAUGUUGUGUUGUUCGUCCUUCGCUUAUGAAGAUGACCAUGACUUCACAAAUUAGUCUGUUGAUGGUGAUUGUGGGUCCGGAGAUGGCUGAUGAGGCUUAUCCGGGCUCUGUAGGUUCCUCGACAUUGUGUGCACAGGUAGUCUGUUGUUGGACUUGUGGUGGAGGAAGGGCUAGACUUGCGCAUGAUGCGUUUUUGUUUGGCCUCUGCAAUUCACUUGGCUUCUGCUGCUUUGGCUCCCUUUGUUAGCUUGCAGCGCCACGCUGGACGAUCUUGGGCCAGCGUUUCCCACGAGUCGUUCAGGAUUCCAAGUUUCUUUAGAGAGACUUUGAGGCAGUCCUUGAAACGUUUUUUCUGCUUGAGCGCUUGCCAUGUAGCAGCUCUCCAUACAUCAGCUGUUUGGGCAACCGGAUGUCCACCUUUCUGACCAUGUGGCCGGCCUAUCUGGCUCGCGUUUGUGGAAGAUGAUGUAGAUGCUGGGGGUUCCGGCUCGCUCUAAACCGCAGUGUCUGGAAGGUUUUAUGGAAACUGCUCAGGUGGAAUCGAUUGAGCUGCUUCACGUGUCUGCUGUAGACAGUCCAGGUCUGGCUGGCGUAGAGAAUGAUGGUAAGAACCACUGCCGGCUAGUCCUUCAGCUUUGUGGAGAGGCCGAGUCCUCUGUGCUCCCAGACAUUCUUGCGACGCCUCCCAAAGGCAGCGUUGGCCUUGGCAACUCUGGUGUUAAUUUCAGCAUCUAUAUGAACGGCUCGUGAAAGUAUGCUGCCUAGGUAGGUAAAGUGGUCAACUACCUGGAGUUUCUGUCCCUUCACCAUGAUUUGUGACACUGUGUGUGGUUGUCCGGCGGCUGGUUGGUACAUGACUUCGGUUUUCUUGGUAUUGAUGGUGAGGCCGAAGUUGUCACAGGCUAAGGCAAAACAGUUCAUUUCGUUUUGCAUACAUACCCUCUUCUGUGCUAGCGUUGAGUGCACAGUCAUCGGCGAAGAGAAGUUCACUGAUGACUGUUUCUUUACUUUCACCUUGGUAACGGCCUGGAAGCGCCUGAUGUUGAAGAGCCUGCCGUCAGUUCUGUACAUGAUACAGAUGCCAUCCUCACUGUUGUAUAUUAUGGUGGCAAUAAGACGUAUUAAUCACAUGUUUGUACAGUGGCGGAGGUCUCCCUUGGUCAAAAGGUUUAGGUGUUUGGCUCUCAUUCAAAGGUCAAAGGUUGGUUUCGGCGUAGUUGAUGAUGUGUGUGGGAGGAACGCCGUCAAGUGUCUUUUGGAGUUCGUCAAAGUAGUCUUUGAUAGUGUCAGCAGACACACCUGCUCUCUUUUUAGCGAUGUUCUCACAGGCACGGGUUUUCCCACAGUCUUUGUGCCGUGUCAUGAAGGACAACAGCCAGUCCUCGCCCGGCAGGUUCUCAUUGAAAAAGGGAAUUGUUCUGCCCUCUUUUCAAUGGUCGACAACUUCCAUUAUCCUCGUCAUAGUAUAGGGACGGCAACUUGCAUAUAAUCAUCAACACCGUCAUCAAAAAUCAUCAUCUUGAAAAGUGUUUUGAGAUUUGCUGCAGUUCCACUCUUGCCAUAGCACCGUCUUUCAAUCGUUUGAUUGCCGUCCAGGCCGUGAGAGCCUUAGUAAAAAAAGAACAAACUUAGUUGCCUCAGUUGAGAUGGUAUCCCAUAAUCCAGGGAGUGCACGUUGGCGUGCAGUUGGGUCAGCUGGGAGUCCAUGUCAGGACAUAGUUGUCUCAUCACGAAAGAAGUCAGAACUGCACAAUCAGUUAAAGUGCACGUUGUGUUACAUUUGAUGGCCUUAUGUAUAAGAACUUCUCCUUCUGGUUUCCCGUGAAACUUGGCGCAAAUUGCUGCCGCUUUACCAAGGACAGCCCAUUAUAUGGGUCAUGUAAUCUAAGGCUUUUCCAGUGGUGUUGGUAGCCUAGUGGUUAGGCUACCGGACUGGUAAUCGUGAGAUUGCGGGUUCAGGGGUUCGAACCUCA